CUUCAAAUAUCAUCAUCCUCCUCUCCACGCCGCGAAGCUAUGUAAUAUUUAGAUAUGAUGGAUCGGGUCAUGAUGGAUCAAACCAGGCCACUAUGCCGGCUGAGUCCGAUGCAUUAGGGAUGGGACUUGGUACAGAUAAUAAAGAAUAAAUAAGACCUCGAGAGGCGCCCGUCACCAACUCGUCUCUCCUCAUCCAUCUUUGUAUUCACUCAUCGCUCGUCAUUUAGAUACCUCUUAUAAGCAAUUUAUAAAAACUCCUACUUAAAUACCGAAGAAUAUCAAAUCUCUCUCAUUAUAUACCAUGGCACCAGGGCUAUUCUUCGACCCCUUAACGCUCCUGCGCGUCGCACCACUAGUCACAUCAACAGCCUCCAUCGUCAUCGCAGGCGACUCACACAUCUUCCUCAACGCCCUCGUCUCUCUAAAACAACAACGAGGCAAAGUCAACGAGGUCGCACCGCGCUACUUCGAGACAUUCUUCUGGAACGCGUUGCCCUCCAUCUUCAUCACUUAUGGCUUGUCUAUUACUUUCGGCCUCGUCAACUUUUACUCGAGAUUUCACGCUGCUUCUUGGAACUGGUACGCGGCUGGCUCGGCUCUAGCUUUUGCUCAUUUCGCUUUCGUGCCAAAAAUUAUGUGGAAGGUCAAGGAUGCUAUCGAUGCGAAGGAAGAUCCUAACGGCGGAGGUGUCAAUGCUAUUCAGGGCUGGCUGGAUGUGCACCACGUGAGGACCGCUAUGGUUGAUAUUCCGGCGUGGGCAUGUUUCCUUGUUGCCACGGUGAAGGCGCUUAAGUCGAUUUAAGCCAGGUUAGGCGACAUUGAGCUUUCAAAAGUGCUAUUGGGACAAGGAUGAUAGGCUCAGACUCUCAUACUAACCUACAUACGAAGUGGUGAAAGCUAUAAGACCUAGAAGACUUCAGACUGAUCAUAAGCACGCCAGUUAUGUUAGGAUAUGGAUUCAUGACCAAAAUGUAAGAUAUAUAUACUUUAAACACCAACUUUCUUCAUAGUUUUAGAAUAUACCAUCGGCAGAAAUCUCCAUAUACAAGCUCAAGACUAUAAAAAUAAA